AUGACCAUGCAGCAUGCAGUUCAGGUGUGGUUUGGAGAUGAUAUUCCUUUAACUCCACGAAGUCCUCUGACUCCCAGACAUGGCCCGGGCUUGGCAGAUGUUUGCCUAUAUGAUCAGUGGAUAUCUGUGCGGCAUGAAGCAACACUGGUGCCUAUGCAGGAAGAUCUAUCAAUCUGGCUAUCUGGAUUGCUGGGGGUAGAAGUUACAGCGGAACGGUUGCUGGAAGAGCUUGAUAAUGGUGUACUACUCUGCCAGUUGGUUGGUGUCCUUCAAAGUACAAUUAAAAAAUGCUGUAGCUCAAAGGACUUAAGGAAUUUUCCUAUGAGACGUGUCCCAUGUAAGAAGAAUGCACCAUCAGGAUCCUUCUUUGCUAGAGAUAAUACAGCCAACUUCCUUAACUGGUGUAGGUGCAUUGGAGUUGAUGAGACUUAUCUCUUUGAAUCUGAAGGUUUAGUUUUGCACAAGGAUCCAAGACAGGUGUAUCUCUGUCUACUGGAAAUUGGUCGCAUUGUAUCGAGGUAUGGAGUUGAACCUCCUGUGCUAGUAAAACUGGAGAACGAAAUUGAGUUAGAAGAGACAUUGUUAAUGACCUCUGGGCCUGUAACAUCUCUCAGUACCCCAAAGUCAUGUUGCCACCAUGGGGAACUGCAUGAAGCAGUUAAGCACAUAGCAGAAGAUCUUCCCUGUAGCUGUUCCCAUAGAUUUUCGAUUGAGUACUUAUCUGAAGGACGUUAUAGAUUGGGAGAUAAAAUACUCUUCAUACGAAUGCUGCAUGGAAAACAUGUGAUGGUACGUGUUGGUGGAGGCUGGGACACUCUUCAAGGUUUUCUUCUCAAAUACGAUCCAUGUCGAGUGCUGCAAUUUGCAACUCUGGAGCAAAAAAUCCUGGCAUUUCAGAAAGGUGGCCCCAAUGAAGACACCCCUGAUUCAUCAUCUAGAACUCUGCAGCCUCCUUUCAUGAAUCCCAUAUUGGCUAUUAAUAUGUUUCAGAAACAAAAUUCAAAACCACCCACUCCUGUUUCAGUUAUAAAAGCUGCUCAGGUGGCCAGUGGUAAGCAGGCAUUAUCUAAACGUCCACAGUCACCUGCCUUGUCAUCCCCAAAAGGGGCAACCAAGUCCAUAUCAGCUCGUUCCAAGUUACAAGGAUCUCCAGCAAAGGGUGCCCAAUCUCCUUUCAGAUCCUUAACAGGUGCUUCAAAGAAACUGGAUUCUUCUGCACACAACUUACCAACUUCUGCUAUUUCAAAACUUGCACAACCUACAAACAAAAGUUCUUCACCUGCAUUAUUAAAUACUGCUCCUGAUUGUUCAGGGCCACUGCGCAAACGCAUCUGGUCCCCUGAUACUCCUAAUGUCAAACUUGCACCAUCCCAAAAUUCUCCAGCAACAAUUUUACAUCCUACCCUCUCUUGUUCUACAAGUCAGCUUUCAGAAUUACCUGGGACAAGAGAAAUGAUGGCUUCAAAACAAAAAUAUGCUCCUUCUAAAUGCAAAACUGUAUCUAACUCCACCACCAAACCUAAUUCUAUUGCUUCAAAAUCCUCAUCAAAAUCUGCUAGGCCACCUAACGCAAAUCUGCCUGUUGUUUCGAAGCCUUCACAUUCUUAUCAGUCUCUUGCAAAAAUAGCAAAACCCACUUCCAAAAGUAACAAUGAAGCAUCAGGAAUAGGGUCCCGGCCUCCCAGAAGAUUGCCACAAACAGGAUCUGGCCCAGGGAGGAAUCUCAGAACCACUCCGGUCUUAAAACAGCCAGAUUCUGCAUCUUCGCUUGCAGCUGGUAAAACAUCACAGUUAAUGCCUCCUCUGGAAUCUCCAAGCAAGAGCGUAGCUUCAGCUGCUAAUAAACGGCCUGCAGUAAAGUGUUUACGGGGACAAGAUAGCAGUAGAAACCCACAGAUAGGAUCCAGUUUAUCAAAACAUCCUGAACGCACUCCAUUAUCUGUUGUACGACUUCCCCAAACUUCAGCCAAAGCACAAACGACAAAAAAGACGGCACAGCCUUCCACAACAAGUCACUCCUCAAUCAAAACCUCCCAAAAGAGUGAUGAAAUCCUGGCUUCAACAGCCAAGAAACCCCUCUCAAACGGAAAGACUACAACAGCAUAUGGCAAGGGGACCCCUGGUGUAUUAAAAAAUCCUAUUUUGAAGGCUAAACAAGAUGAUCACUAUUUUGUUAUGACAGGCAGUAAGAAACCCAGAAAGUAA